GCUGCUUCCCAGUUAAAUGCAUAUGUAUGAAUUCCAGAGUAUGCAAAUAAUCUGAAUCCAAUUAUAUACUAUGAGAAAGUUGUAGAACCCCAAGCGUCCAGAAACCAGCCCCAGCUGUUCGCCUUUAAUGCCUUUUUUGUUCUCUUCACGAGGAAUUUUUAACUCAACCCCACCGAGUCUGCUCGCUCUGUACACGCACUAACACACACCCGCGGUGGAAUUGUCUUUCUUUUAUAAUUUAUACAGGAUUACUGUAUUGGUAGCCGCUUGAAGAAGGGUUGGGGGAGCUGCUGAGUAAAUUCCAGAAAAGGGAUGAAGAAUAGAAGUCUCUGAGCUCUGUUUUUGGUAAAUGGCUGAAGAAAUUUGUCUCUUCAUCAAGGACGGUCUUAUAAUAAAAGCUCCCAAGAAAUCUCCAGUGUUGUUGCGGACUAUAGUUUUAGUAUUUGUGAUGGUCUGUGGCGUUUAUACCUGCUCAGUCUGUCUAAAGCAAACCAAUUUCAGCUCCAAAACCAAAUUUUUGAAUAUUGAAGUUCGAGAGAGUUAUUGUCAUGAAUAUGACAUCGAUCGGUCCCAAACUCCUUGCUUGCAUUAUCCCAAGCCUAAAACAUUUCACAGGGCUGAAUGUUCUUGUAAUCCUGUACGACUCUUUGCCAUUCUGUCGAUGCAGAGAUCUGGCAGUGGUUGGUUUGAGACCUUGCUGAAUAGUCAUGUUAAUGUCAGUUCCAAUGGUGAGAUUUUCUCUGUCAAAGGGAGGAGGGAGAAUGCUUCUUCAAUCACAAAGACUCUGGAUAGAGUUUACAAUCUCGACUGGUUUACAAGUGCAUCAAAGAAUCAAUGUUCUGCUGCUGUCGGUUUCAAGUGGAUGCUUAAUCAGGGAUUACCGGAGCACCACAAAGAAAUCGUGCAAUACUUCAAUGAUAGAGGUGUUUCUGUAAUAUUUCUCUUCCGAAAAAACCUACUUCGCCGAAUGGUUUCAGUGAUUGCAAAUUCUUAUGAUCGAUAUGCUAAACUUCUGAAUGGCACACACAAGUCUCAUGUGCAUUCGAUAGAAGAGGCUGAAACCCUUUCCAGAUAUAAACCUGUCAUCAAUUUAACAUCUUUGAUGACAGAUUUAAAGCAAAUGGAGGUGACUGUAAUGAAGACUCUGGAGCAGUUCCAGAGCACCCGGCACAUCAUUCUGUAUUAUGAAGAUCUUGUCAAAAAUAGAACUAAAUUAGUAGAUGUCCAAGAGUUUCUAAAGCUGCCACUGAUGGAAUUAACUAGUCGUCAGGUUAAGAUACACAAAGGGCCAUUAUCAGAGCAUAUUGAGAAUUGGGACGAUGUUAACAAGACCCUACAAGGAACACUUUAUGAAAGGUUCCUCCAUGCUGACUACUAAUCAUAGUCCUUCAGAAAUCCAUGAAGGAGGCGUGCAUAUUAACCAACACUUGCAGAAACUGACUGGUAUUGAAGGUUAUUUAAAUACCACUCAAAUUUAAUUUAGCUUAGUGCCACAAAAAAAAAAAAUUUGUUUUUUGCCCCUUUUUCUGUUCUUCCAGUACUUCACUCUUCACUGAUGAUGUCACGGAAAUAUCAUGUAUAGUUCUAGACAUGUAAUUUAGGCAGUGAAAAGAAAUACAGAAUGCAAGUCAAAGGUUCGAUUGCCUAUUCUCAA